AUGCCUCCGCGCAAGCGGCCACAGCCUACUGUGAGGUCGGCUGCAAGAUCGACUGUGAGACCUGCGCAGGCAUCGGAAACCACCGUGAAUAACGUCGCCGAGCAGUCAAAUUCAUCUGCUACGAAAAUUCAAAGCCAUGCGAAAGACGGCCACGAAGAGGAGCACUACCGCUCCGCCACCAAAAAUCGCAAAGUCGACCCGUUCGAUGCGUUGCUGGAACCAUUUUACUAUAACAAAUCCUUGACGGAUCCCAUCAAUACUGCGCGAGACAAAUGGAAUCUUCUACCGGCAUUUUUGAAAGUCAAGGGUCUAGUGAAGCAGCACAUUGAUUCGUAUAACUACUUUAUUGAGGUUCAACUCAAGAAGAUCGUGGAGGCAAGUUCGACGAUAUACAGCGAUGCAGAUUCACAUUUUUUCCUUAAGUUUACCGAUAUCUACGUGGGAAGUCCUCGCAGAAGCGAUGAACCCAAGGAUAGCGUGGAGUCUGACUCUACCGUCACCCCGAACGAGUGUCGAUUACGCGAUAUGACCUAUGCGGCCCCGAUCUUCGUGGAUUUUACAUACAAGCGUGGAAAGGAUAAUGUCACACAACGCCGUGUACCCAUUGGUCGCAUGCCUAUUAUGCUGAGGAGUUCCAAAUGUGUCUUGUCGAACAAAAAGCCAAACGAGUUGCACCUGCUCAAUGAAUGCCCUCUCGACCCGGGUGGCUAUUUUAUUGUCAAUGGUACAGAGAAGGUGAUUCUGGUCCAGGAACAACUUAGCAAGAAUCGUAUCAUUGUUGAAACGGAUCCGAAGAAAGAGAUUGUGCAAGCCUCCGUCACCAGUUCGUCUAAUGAGCGGAAAUCGAAGAGUUACAUUAUUCUCAAAAAGGACCGCCUCUACCUUAGACACAACGUUCUGAGCGAAGAUGUGCCGUUGGUCAUUGUCCUCAAGGCCAUGGGUGUUCACUCAGACAAGGAGAUGAUGCUUCUUGUUGCCGGUAUUGACGAUGUCUACCAAGAAGACUUCGCCAUCAAUUUCGAGGAAGCCAUCAAGCAGAACGUCUUUACGCAGCAGCAAGCUCUUGAUUGGAUCGGAUCUAAAAUCAAAAUCAAUCGAGGCAAGGUUGGCGGGUACAAGAAAACCCACAUCGAGGAAGCUAUCGAGGCCAUUUCGUCCGUCGUUAUAUCCCACGUUGAGGUCACCAAUAUGGAUUUCAGGCCUAAAGCCAUCUAUGUUGCUAACAUGGCAAGGCGCGUUCUGAUGGCGAAGCAUGAUCCUUCUAUGGUUGACGAUCGAGACUACGUGGGAAACAAGCGAUUGGAACUUGCAGGUCAGCUUCUCGCACUUUUGUUCGAAGAUUUGUUCAAAAAAUUCUGUUUCGAUAUCAAAAUGAACAUUACAAAAGUACUGGGCAAGAGGCGUCGCGAGAUUUUUGAUGCCAUGAGUGUGGUUGCGCUCCAUGGAAAUCACAUCACACACGGUAUGAACAGGGCUAUUUCGACCGGAAAUUGGAGUCUUAAGCGUUUCAGAAUGGAACGUGCUGGUGUGACUCAUGUCUUGAGUAGGCUCAGUUACAUUGCUGCUCUGGGUAUGAUGACCCGAAUCUCCAGUCAGUUCGAGAAGACACGAAAAGUGAGUGGCCCUCGAGCUCUACAACCUUCGCAGUUCGGCAUGCUUUGUCCGUCUGACACUCCGGAAGGAGAGGCGUGUGGUCUCGUCAAGAAUUUGGCGCUGAUGACACACAUCACAACCAACGAUGAAGAAGGCCCGGUGUCAAAAUUGGUGUUCAUGCUAGGAGCUGAAGAUAUAACGACACUAAGUGGAAAAGAAAUCUAUGGUCUUGGAGCUUAUAUCAUUUCGAUGAACGGAACUCCAAUAGCUAUGACUAGACGACCCAAACACUUUUUGAAUUCCUUUCGGAGAUUGCGACGUAUGGGUCGGGUUUCUGAGUUUGUGAGCAUCUAUAUCAACCAUCAUCAACGCGCAGUGCAUAUCGCUACCGAUGAUGGACGAAUUUGUCGGCCUUUAAUCGUUGUUGAGAAUGGCAAACCCUUGGUCAACUCUAGGCAUCUAGGAAAACUUCGCGAUGGCUCGAUGCAAUUCGACGAUUUCCUCGCUCAAGGCUUAGUUGAGUACUUGGACGUCAACGAGGAGAACGAUUCAAACAUUGCUAUUUAUGAAAAAGAUGUUGUCGAUAUCACCACCCAUCUUGAAAUUGAGCCCUUUACUAUCCUUGGAGCUGUUGCUGGCCUCAUUCCAUACCCACAUCACAACCAGUCACCGCGUAACACCUACCAAUGUGCUAUGGGUAAACAAGCCAUUGGUGCCAUUGCUUCCAACCAAUUCCUACGGAUAGAUUCUCUUCUGUACCUCAUGGUGUACCCUCAGAAGCCUAUGGUCAAGACACGCACCAUCGAACUCAUCAAAUAUGAUCAUCUCCCUGCUGGCCAAAAUGCCACAGUUGCCGUCAUGAGUUACUCGGGUUAUGAUAUUGAGGAUGCUCUCGUGUUGAACAAGGGCUCUGUUGAUAGAGGAUUCGGACGUUGCCAGGUGUUCCGCAAGUACGUGGCUAAUUUAAAGAGCUAUCCAAACGGUUCAGAAGAUAGACUUCGAGGACCCGAAAUCGGUGAAAACAAUGUCCCAAUUGCGAAGCAUGCUCUUCUUGAUAGCGACGGACUAGCCGCAGUCGGCGAGGUGGUUAGUCAAGGUCAAGUUUAUAUCAACAAGGAAGUCCCGGCCGCCGCCUUUUCGGCUGGCAUUACGGGCUCUGAUGCGGGCAGACCAACAGACUAUAACCCAGCACCCAUGACGUACAAACUGCCGGACCCAAGUUACAUUGACAAAGUCAUGGUUUCAGUUACUGAAGGCGAGAGUAAGAUUUACAAGGUCCAGACACGUCAGACGCGCAGGCCUGAAGUUGGAGAUAAAUUUUCCUCUCGCCACGGACAGAAAGGUGUCGUUGGCAUCAUCGCGGAACAGGCAGAUAUGCCGUUCACGGAUCAGGGUAUUGUACCUGACAUUAUCAUGAACCCUCACGGUUUCCCAUCGCGAAUGACAGUCGGUAAAUUGUUAGAGCUUGUUGCAGGCAAAGCCGGUGUUCUGUCAGGUCAGCAUGGCUACGGGACAGCCUUUGGUGGUAGCCCCGUCGAGGAAAUGUCGGCAAUCUUGGUAGACAAGGGCUUUAGUUACGGUGGCAAGGAUUACCUAACGUCUGGAAUAACCGGCGAUCCUCUCCCAUUCUACGUUUUCACAGGCCCUAUAUACUACCAAAAACUCAAACACAUGGUCCAAGACAAAAUGCAUUCUCGAUCCACCGGCCCACGCGCAACUCUAACCCGCCAACCAACCGAAGGUCGUUCCCGAGAUGGUGGGCUACGUCUCGGAGAAAUGGAACGAGACUGUCUUAUCGCCUACGGAACAAGUCAACUUCUUCUUGAGCGUCUCAUGUUGUCGUCUGACAAACAUGAAGUCGACAUCUGCGAGAAGUGUGGAUUCAUGGGUUAUCAGAACUGGUGUCAACGUUGUCGUUCAUCGAGAGGGGUCGUCAAAAUGACAAUUCCCUAUGCAGCUAAAUUGUUGAUACAGGAACUGUUGAGUAUGAAUGUUACUGCCAGACUGAAGUUGGAGGACGAGUUUCCGGAGGAUCGGGGCAUGUAGCCUAUCAUUGCAUUGCUAUAUUCUCAUUCUCCCUUUCUUGUUACUGCUGAUGGACCUGAAACUCGGAGCGUGAUGACUUGUAUGUAACGUUAUUCCUUAUCUGUGGCAUAUUUGCAUAGCGUGGCUGUUAGUCCUAGACAAAAAUAUAUUUAUAUUCAUAGA